UUGAUAUUUGUGGGGUAAAAGCAAAACGAUGAAAACGGCUUGUACAUAAAAAUCUUCCGUUCCCUCCUUUCUUCUCUCAUCUAACUUCAAAACCAAACUAAUUAAUCUCUUUCUAUUAUCUCCAAAAAUAGCACUUCAACUUCAAGCAUCAUUGACCUCUCUCCAUUUUCUUUUGCUUUGCAUGCCUCAUCAUCUCUUCUUUCAAUUUUCAACAUGCACGACAAUAAUAAUACAUAGUUAUUAUAUGUAAAUAAAACCAACACAUUCAUUGUUUUGUAAACAUAAUAAUGACAGAUUCUCCUUCGAGGCACCGUUCAUUAGCAAGAACAGACUCUACACGCUUCUUUCCUUCAAGAGGAGCUAUAGGUUUUACUUACGGUUUCACCUUUGCUUCUAUCUUGUUUACGCUUUUUCUUGUAAAUGCCUUUCACCCUUCACGUAGAAAUCAUUUUUCUAAAGUUUUUGCUCACAUUCUCUCCAACUCUUCAUUUUCUCCAUCCCCUACUAGUUACACCCCACAUACCACCAAUGACACCACCACCACUACUCCUAGUAAAACUUCACAUCUUAAUAAGGAUGGUGAGUUACAUGAUAAUAGGUUUGUGAAUGCUCAUCCUCCCUAUCAAAUUUCUAGAAAAGAAGGUUCUGGUCUCAUAACACCACCAAAGCAUAGUAACAAUAAAGAUGAGUCUUUUGCACCUAUGCCUUCACCAAAUACUAAAGUGGAUUCUCAAAAUGUGAUGCAAAGUGAUCAACAUUUGGUGGAAUUGAGGAAAACAUGUGAUAUGUUUGAAGGGUCAUGGGUUUUAGAUGAUUCAUACCCACUUUACAAAUCUGGGUCUUGUCCACAUAUUGAUGAAUCUUUUAACUGUUUCCUCAAUGGUAGAAAAGAUAAUAUGUAUGAGAAGUUCAGGUGGCAGCCCAAGAAUUGCAACAUGCCAAGGUUCAAUGGUAAAGACAUGUUGGAGAUACUGAGGGGAAAACGUUUAGUCUUUGUUGGUGAUUCUCUCAAUAGGAAUAUGUGGGAAUCUAUGGUUUGUAUUCUUAGUAACUCAGUGGAAAAUAAAAGCAGGAUUUUUGAAGCCUCUGGUAGACAAGAAUUUCGGACAGAGGAUUCUUACUCAUUUAUAUUCACAGAUUACAAUUGUUCCAUUGAGUUCUUCCGUUCCCCCUUUCUUGUUCAAGAGUGGGAGAUUCCAGACCGGAAAGGAUCGAUAAAAGAAACACUUCGUCUUGAUUUGGUUGAGAGAUCUUGUGAUAAGUACAAAAAUGCUGAUGUUUUGAUCUUCAACACAGGUCAUUGGUGGACUCAUGAGAAAAGAAUCGAAGGGAAAGAAUACUAUCAAGAAGGAAAUCAUAUCCAUGGACAACUGAAUGUUGAGGAAGCAUUUAGUAAAGCUUUGUUUACAUGGUCACAUUGGGUGGAUACUAAUAUUAAUCCUAAGAAAACUAUAGUUUUCUUCAGGGGCUAUUCCCCUUCUCAUUUCAGGGGUGGGGAGUGGUUUUCUGGUGGUCAGUGUGAGAAUGAGACAGAACCAAUGAAAAAUGAGUCUGACUUAUCAGAAAAUCCUCCAAUGAUGAAGACCAUUGAGUCAGUAAUUGAGAGAAUGAAGACUCCAGUCUUUUACCUGAACAUCACGAAAAUGACCGAUUUCAGGCUCGAUGCUCACCCUUCUAUGUACAGAAACAUGAAUAUGUCUGAGGAGAACAAAAAAUAUAUGCUCACACACCAGGAUUGUAGUCAUUGGUGUCUUCCUGGUGUGCCUGACUUGUGGAAUGAAUUAGUGUAUGCUCGUCUUUUGUAUAUCAUGAAAAGAAACAAGGGCAACCCCCAAACGUAAAUUAGUGUAUGCUCAUCUUUUGUGUAGGCUUUUCACAUUAUAUUUGUGAUUUAAUCAGUUUAUAAAUUGAAUCACCAGGUUGUGUUGUUGUUAUUGUUGUUGUUGUUAUU